AUGGAGACAACCAACGAUCUGCUGCCAACUGUCGCCGAUGCCAACGAACGUUUUCGUACCAUACGUGAACUCGGCUCAGGUACAUAUGGUCGCGUCGUUCUUGCACUGGACCGCGAACUACAACAGCGGUGUGCAUUGAAAAUUCUUCAAAAGUCAACGACGAAGUAUCGAGAUUUUCAUCGAGAAUAUAACUAUUCAAUUGUCUUAUCAGCACAUCGUUCGAUUAUCAAUACAUUUGCAGGACGGUGUUUUCAAACAGCUGAUGCAUAUAUUAUCGUUCAAGAAUAUGCUCCAUUAGGUGACUUAUUUGAAUCGAUCCCACCUCAACGUGGCCUCCCUGAACGAGCUGUGAAAACGAUUAUGAAACAAGUCGCGUCAGCACUGGAAUUUAUGCAUGAACAAGGAUUGGUACAUCGUGAUGUAAAGCCAGAAAAUAUCAUGAUCUUUGAUGCUGAUUUUCGUAAAGUCAAACUAAUUGAUUUUGGUAUGACGAGACGAUGUGGUUCGUACGUUCGACGUCUCAUCGGCAGUAUACCUUAUUCACCACCGGAAGUGUGUGACGCACAUAGUAAUGAUAUCCUGGUUUCGUCAUCGAUGGAUGUCUGGGCGUUCGGUGUUUUGCUUUUCUGCAGUUUAACAGGUAAUUUUCCUUGGGAACAUGCUCAAGAAUCAGAUGUUUACUACAACGAAUACCUACAAUGGUUGCGACAUCAUCAAAUGCAAUCGAGAUACAAAUUACCAUCGCAAUGGUAUAAAUUUAGCAGUCGUUUAAUGAGAAUCUUUCGUAAAAUGCUUGAUCCUGACCCGUUGAAACGAUGUGAAAUCAUUGAAAUAAGUAAAUAUUACGAUGAUCGAUGGAUCAACGAUCAAUUCAAUAGUCAUCGACGUUCAUCGAACGAAGACGAAGGUGUCGAAGAAGAUUUUUCCUCGUCAGGUAGCGGUACCGAGUGUAAUACAAUCAAUUCCAGUACAACGAGUAACACUGACUUCGAAGAAUUAACUCAAUUGAUGAGAAAUUCGUUAACUGGUUUUGAUAAUCUACUCACAAAUGAUAAUCUAAAAUCAUCGUCAUCGGCAGCAACGGCUAAGACGUGCUGUUGA